AUGCCAUCACGGCCGUCGCGCAUGAUUCUUUCUCUCACCGGCUGUGUAUCAAACUCGCCAGGAUUACAAAAUAUCUUCCUAACAGCGAUUCAACACCGGAAUGGUAACUUAACUACUACCUCGACAGGAGUUCAAUUGCGUGUGGGAUACUUCGCAAUGACUUCGUUGGAUAAAUUAGCAUCACAGCUCAACUCCACCAUAAAUCUCAGCGAUGUUGACAUUAACCAAGUCACUGCCCUUCUCUCCGUGGCAUUGGUUCUGCAAACCAAAAUACUCUUUCCACUUUUGGCUGCCGCUGGCUCUUCGUUCCUCCUUGGCAUCACAUGUUUCAUUCUUUUCAAGUGGGCCGCGAAACGACCUAAAGUCAACCUCACAGAAUCUUCUGCCAAGCGAUUGCAAAUUUACAGGCGGGGUUGCCUCGGCUUUAUCUGGACUUCUGUGGGUCUUUCCACCGCCUUGGUGGUGUCAGUCUCCGAAUCUACAGCUGCGUUGCAGUUUUGGACGGCCAAUGCGCCUGAGUCGAGCAUGAUUGUGUCUACUGGAACAACUAUGCAAGCUUUGCAAUGGGUUCUAGUUGUACUAUCGGCCCUCUUUGCACUCACGGUUUCUUCUAUGCUUAGAGUAACUGAAACCGGGACUCUUCCGGGACCCAGAGGAAAUGGAUUGCCCCCAAUGGGUUCAACAAUGCCGCCGGCAUCAGGAGGUCGAUUCCAAUCUCCAGGCCAAGGAGUACCACCACCCCCACCAUUUAUGUAA